CUAUACAAUCUUUGCCAUUUACUGGUAUAUGAUAUUAACAUCGAUAAUGACCAUUGUUUGCAGAAUGAUAAAUGAGUAUUUAAUUUUAAUUUCCUACGUUUGUUUGCGAAAGGUAUUCAAAACAAUCCACAUAAUACCUAUUACUGGUGGUUAAGUGACCUAUCGGUUGUGUUUUCAAUUCAAUCGUGUUGUAUCUACAAGUUUAUCUUUUGUAACUGUAAAAAUAAGGUCAUGCUCAUGAAUCAUGAACUGAAAAGGUACUGCGUUGUUGUUUGAGUUAGAUAUUUGACACAACACAGAUGAAUAAUAAAGCCAACAAUUCUAAAGUACCUGCUUCAUGUUAUAUAUCUACCGCUACAAAUACCAAAUACUUACUUGUCUUUAGGUACUCGCAAUUCUUGUGUGGGGUCUUCCCUCAAUUUCAGUCAGUCGACAAUUUUUUAAUUUUGCACUUUGCACUCUGGGAGUUUGAUUUCUUAGAAUAGGUAAGAAGUAAUUAAUCUUCAGUGCUGCGAAACUACUCAAAGAUUAUCCCCUGGAACGUUAUUACUUCGAAUGCGGUUAUAAAAAAAAACAAUAAGCUAGCCUACGCCAGUAAUCAAUCAUAAUUGCAAGCACGCAUCUGAUAAAUAUUUUUGGCAAGAUUUCGUCGCUGAGAAUGGCAAUCGUACAAAUUAAGCGAGGAUCGGCGAACGUAAUGCAUACUUAAUGUGAUGGUGAUUAUUGGACCUAUUUAUUCCAGAACACAAUGGACAGCGUAGCGCACAAGCUAAGGUGUAGUAUAUGCAAGUCACGGGCGCGGUACGUCAACAUUCGCGGCCUUGAGCGGGCUUGCCGGCAACAAAGUAUUAAAACUAGCGACAGUAAUAUAUAUCUGCACAUUUAGGAAUUCUUUUGCAACGUUGGAAAACAAUAGCUCUUCUUUAAUAUAAUAAUGCAUACUAGUUGUAUGAUGUUGAUGACACACAUGAUAAUUGCUUGCGGUCCGCGCGAAUUUUAUUGUUUGAAAAUGUACUACUCGGUAUAUCAUUUUACUCUUACUGGCGCUCGCGCUCCGUAGCGCUUAUCUAUCAGUCGUUGGCCAUUCCACGCUUCGCUCACUCCAGCAUCGGAGCUCGCCCGCAGGCCACGCCGUCUCGCCCUGCAUUUGUUUACUCACGCUCGAAACGCCGGCAUGCGAUAAUCUGCGUUUAAUUUUCAAACAAUAACUUGAAUCAGAUAAAAUCAGUGUACCUACAAUGUGGCUCAGUGUUGUUCUUUUAGUGGUUUUGUUAUCGCUUAUUGUUCUGCUUGCGGUUUUUCAUUACGCUUCAAAUGGAAGAAAAUACUGGCUACAAAGAAAAGUAAUUUACCGCGAACCGUGUCCUAUUUUCGGGAACUUCGGCGCUACUCUGACAUCCCGGCGCAGCUAUGCAAAAAUGUUAAAAUAUUUCUAUGAGAAGUACAAAAACGAAAAGUAUGUCGGCAUUUUCCAAGCGCGCCGGCCGACACUGAUGGUGCUGGAUUUGGAAAUUGCGAAGACUAUAUUUUCAACAGAUUUUGCUAGCUUUAGUGACCGAGCAGCAUCGACAACGGACACCAGGCGAGAGCCUCUGUUAAGAAAUGUGGCGAAUAUGAGCGGUGCGGAGUGGAAGGCGAUGCGACAAAUAAUUACUCCAACAUUCUCUUCAGUAAAAAUGAAAGGGAUGUUCCCGCUUAUAUCAGAGUGCGCCCACAACCUCAGGAGUGUCUUGCUUAAUUCACUCGGGGAGGUUGAGGUCCCUGAAGUGAUGUGUCGCUACACGACCGAUAUUAUAGGAAGUUGCGCCUUCGGUGUCGAUCCUGGAUCGCUGAAAAAUCCUGAAUCGCCCUUCUUCAAAAUGUCAAAGAAAAUGUUUAAAGUAGACCGUGCCACCAUUUUGAAACGCUACUGUCGAACGUUUUUCCCCAGAUUGUUCAAAUUGCUGAAUUUGAAGAGUUAUUCUCCAGACGUCGAAGCCUUUUUCACAUCCGCCAUAAGCCAGGUGCUCAAAAAGAGACGCUCCGGCGACCAAAGAUGUGAUUUUCUACAAUUGAUGCUGAAUGUUCAAGAGACUGAAAAAGAGUUCGAAAUGACAGAUGCCCUAAUUACAUCUAAUUCGUUUAUAUUCAUGUUGGCGGGGCUGGAGGCUUCAGCAACGACAUUAUCGUUUUGUUUGUAUCAGUUGGCUAAAGACAAAGAGCUACAGGAUCGGGUCAGGGAAGAGAUAAAGGAAUGUAUGGAAAGGCACGGUGGUUUGAAUUUUGAGGCAGUAACAGCUAUGAAGUUUACUACUCAAGCAGUUACUGAGACGCUGCGCCUGCACCCGCCGACGCCGAUGGUCACUCGCCUCUGCACCUCACCUUGUGUGCUCACUGGCACUGACUUAAAAUUUGAGCUCAGAAACUCGGUGCUUAUCCCUCUCCAGUGCAUGCAACGCGAUGCCCGCUAUUUCCCGAACCCUGAAAAGUUUGACCCAGAACGAUUUAACGAUCCUAAGACACCAGCUAUUUUCGCUUUCGGUAGUGGUCCGAGAAGUUGCCCAGGAGGUCGUUUCGCGUACCUGACGGUGGUGGCGGGGCUCGCGGCCAUGCUGAGCAAGCUGGAGGUGGCGCCGAGCGCGCGAACUACUCCACGUAUUGAAUACGACCCCAGGAGUUUUAUGCUGAAAAACAAAGGCGGCAUAUAUCUUGAAUUCAAGGCUUUAGAUAUAAAUACCGCCUAAUAUUAAGUCUGAUAGUUUAGGUAUUUUUACUGUGCAGUUGUAAGUGAUAACACCUCAGAAAAGAAAUAUUGUUGUUGUAAGAAAUAUUUCGCUAUAAUGUGUGAAAUGCGUACUUCAAUGUAAUGAGGUGGGUUUUACCCGCGAGUAAAACCAGAUAUUUAGUAACGAUGAAUCAUUCUUUGCUCUCCUGCACGAUAUUGUAGGAUAGAGCAUCACCGUGAAUCUCGUUUCCGAGUGAAAUACAAAUGAAAAAAUAUAUUAAUAUGAUGAGAGGGAAGGUUGGAAAAUGCAACUAUUGUCAUAGUUUGUAGUUAUAAAUAGUAUUAUUUACUUGUUUAUGAAUUAUGUACUUAAGUUAUUAUAUGUUAUUACUUGUUAAUAUAAUGUAAAUGGAUUAUAUAAAUGUAAAUCUAUGUAAGUAUAUUAUGUCACCAACCUGUGUCAAAAAUAUUUCGAUUAGUAAAAUAACGUUUCAUGUUUUGAAUAACCUAAGUAAGCAUUGAUGUGAUAUAGUUACUAAUACCUAAGGGUCAAGCAUUUCAGAAGAAAUUAAUAAUUUGAACUUAUACUGCGUUGCUUAAUCUGAAAAGUAAAUGUCUAACCGAGAA